AUGGCCAGUCUCAACCAUGUUGGAAUAGUGCGUUACUACAGAGCCUGGUUCGAGGAGCCGCCGGAGGGUUGGCAGGAGGCUCGGGACCGAGAAAUUCUUCCAAUAGAUGACGAUAAUGAAGGGGAGGAGAGCUCUCUCGACAAUGGAGGCUUCUCAACGACUCGGAGUGUCGGAACAAAGCCUUCCGGGUAUUUUGCCAAUUCUAACACGCACGGCGAUGGCGGUCAUCCUUCAAGUGCACAAGGCUUGCUGCGUCAUUCAACACUAUCUACAUCCUACACUAAGUCUCUGCGACGGCCGCAACCCAUUUGCGACAUUUCCUUCUGUGAGGCCUCGGAUAAAGCCGCAGUCAGUGAUAACGACACCGGCAACAGUCGCGAGUGGUCGUUGGGUUCUGGCAAAGAAGAAAAGGGUAGUCAGCUGGAUAUUUCUGCCAAGCUGCAACCUCCCCAGCUCUCCUGUUAUCUCUAUAUCCAAAUGCAGCUGUGCUCGCGGAAGAGUCUGAAGGACUGGCUGGCGGAUAAUCCCACAGUUGCCUCCCGUCAACCGCGAGAGCGUGUAUAUGGCAUUUUUCUACAGAUUGUAGACGCUGUCGCCUACCUGCACUCUCGCGACUAUAUGCACCGUGAUUUAAAACCGUCAAACAUCCUCUUCGAUCAGGAGAACCACAUCAAAUUGGCCGAUUUUGGCUUAGUGACAUCCAACUACAGCCCUUCUUCACCCAAGGCGGACUCGGACUCUGGGUGUGCGGCGAACGUCAGUAAGCCGACCGGGAAGGACGAUUCGGUGGGGCCGGUGAUCACCUUUUUGCCCAGAGACUCAUCUGCUGGUAAUUCCUGGGGCUCAUCGGAGUGCUCCCGGUUCGCUAGUUCCAGUAACGACAGUACCAGUGGCGAUGACAGGUCAAAUAUGCAAGUAAAGAAGCAUCAUACGAGCCAAGUGGGCACGGACCUAUACAUGAGUCCGGAACAGGCAUCAGGUGGGGACUACGACGAGAAAGUGGACAUAUUUUCACUCGGGCUCUUGUUCCUUGAGUUGAUGAUCGCUUUCACCACAGAAAUGGAACGUGUGAUUACCCUGACAAGGGCAAAGCAACAGAAUUUACCGGUGGCUUUUACCGAAGCCCAUCCCAAGGAGGUAAACUUUAGAUUUUCCUGA